AGAGCGAGCCCGGAGCAGGCAUGGGCAGCCAGCGUAGUAGCGGCAUCCUUACGCGCGCUCACUGAACACUCCAGCGAUCGGGAGAGACGCAACCACCACGCACACCGCACAACGAACCAAAACCCGGGACCGAAGAGCGAUUCUCCAAAGGACUCCUGAGGAAACCUACCCAACUACUAAACUGUCUCCUGUCCACUCUUCUUCUUCUUCUUCUUCUUUCACUCUACUUGGCAUCCCAACACCGCAGCCUCUUCGCGAGAAUGGCUCUCCGGAUGCUGCUGCUCCUGCUGCUGCUGAUGAUGAUGGUUCUAUGCUGUUUUGUCAACAAUGGCCGAGCGGCGGUCUUCACACAGCAGCCCACAGACCUGGUGGUAGUAGCGGGGCAGCCUGUGACCCUGCCCUGCUCCAUCCCUGGGUUCCAAGGCAUGGUCCUCUGGCUCAGAGACGGGAUGGCCCUGGGAGUCAACCGUGAUCUGUCAGGCUACCCCAGGUAUGACAUUGUAGGAGACCACAGUAAAGGAGAGUACCACCUGCUGAUCCAGAGGACAGACAUACAGGACGACGCCUUCUUUGAGUGUCAGGCCAUCCAGGCGGCCAUUAGGUCCCGACCAGCCCGGCUCACUGUACUGGUGCCGCCCGAUGAUCCGGUGAUAGUUGGAGCUCCCGUGGUGAGCCUGAGAGCCGGAGAUCACCUGAACCUCACGUGUCACGCCGACAACGCCAAACCGGCCGCCUCCAUCAUCUGGAUACGGAACGGGCUUGUGCUGAGCGGAGCCAUGUACUCCAAGACACUGCUACGGGACGGGAAGAGGGAGAGCACCGUGAGCACCCUGUACCUGUCGCCCUCCAACAUCGAGUCGGGUCAGCACAUCACCUGCAGGGCCUCCAACAAGGCAGCGCCCAACGGCAAGGACGCCACCGUCACCAUAGACAUCCAACAUCUGCCCAUUGUGAACCUGACAGUGGAGCCUCAGCCUGUCCUGGAGGGAAACCUGGUGAGAUUUCACUGCGGAGCCAAGGCCAACCCUCCAGUCAUCUACUACAGAUGGGCCAAAGGGGGCAGUGUGAUCCCGGAUGUGACUGGAGAAACUUAUGAGGCGGUGGUGGAUCACUCUUUCUUCACGGAGCCUGUUUCCUGUGAGGUCACCAACGCUCUAGGCCACACCAACAUCAGCCGCAAUGUGGACGUCUACUUUGGUCCCAGGAUGGCGGCCGAACCCCAGUCUCUGCAGGUGGAUCUGGGCUCUGACGCAGUCUUCAGCUGCGCCUGGUCCGGGAACCCCUCGCUCACUAUAGUGUGGAUGAAGAAGGGCUCAGGAGUGGUGCUUAGCAACAAGAACACACUGACCCUGAAAGCGGUGAAGCAAGAGGACGCCGGGAAGUACUUGUGCCGGGCGGUGGUCCCCAGAGUGGGAGCAGCGGAGAAGGAAGUGUCCCUCACCGUCAAUGGUCCUCCCACUAUCUCCAGCACGCAGACCCAGCAGGCACUCUACGGAGAGAAGGGCCAGAUCAAAUGCUUCAUUCGCAGCACCCCUCCGCCGGACCGCAUCGCCUGGUCAUGGAAGGAGACCGUUCUGGAGUCGGGCACGUCGGGCCGGUACACAGUGGAGACGGUGAGCACGGACGACGGGGUCAUCUCCACUUUAACCAUGAGUAACAUCGUCCCUGCAGACUUCCAGACCAUCUACAACUGCACCGCCUGGAACAGCUUUGGAUCAGACACGGAAAUCAUACGCCUCAAAGAGCAAGAGACGCUGAGGCUGGCUGUGAUCAUCGGAGUGGCUGUGGGGGCUUUUCUGGCUCUGUCCAUUCUGCUGGGGACACUAGGGGCCUUCUGCUGCACCCGCUUUCAGAGAAAAGACGUCCACCUGGUGAUGUCCUCCCUGCCUGUGUCCCUGUCCCGCCCGAGAGAUGGGAAGACUGAGAAUCUUAAAGGAUCAGUCACGGCAAAAAACGACAUCCGUGUGGAGAUUGUUCACAAGGAUCACAACGCAGCACGAGAGAACGAGGAGCACGCCAAUAUGAAGCAGAUGAUGAUCGACCGAGGGGAAUUCCAACAGGAGCCUGUCCUGAAGCAGCUGGAGGUGCUCCCGGAGGAGGAGAAGGAGUUUCAACACAUCAAGGACCCCACUAAUGGCUACUACAGUGUCAACACUUUCAACGAGCACCACGCCACCCCGACCAUGUCCCUGACCACGAGCCAGACGCCCGAUGUGGUGCGCAGCCCUCCGUCUGGAUCCAUGACCAUCGGCAAACAGAGAGUGCCCACCGGCAUGUCCUUCACCAACAUCUACAACACUCUGGGGGCGGGGCCUAACCGUCUGUACGAUUACGGUCAGCGUUUCGUGCUGGGCAUGGGCAGCAGCUCCAUCGAGCUGUGUGAGCGUGAGUUCCAGCGCAGCUCCCUCAGCGACUCCAGCUCCUUCAUCGACACUCAGUGCGACAGCAGCGUGAGCAGCUACAGCAAACAGGACGGAUACGUGCAGUUUGACAAGGACAGCAAGACCUCAGCCAGCUCCUCCUCCCACUACUCCCAGUCCUCCUCCCAGAACUCAGACCUGACCAGGCCCCUGCAGAAACGCAUGCAGACCCACGUCUAACAGCGGGGAGCCUCCACAGCCAUCUACCUUCACACCGAGAUACUCUAAGACAGGGACUUUUGGAAAUGCCAACCUUUGAACCUGAACUCAUGAAUGGAACAGCUUGGAAUACUCACCAUGAGCCAAUGUCAAUACUACUCAUGACAAUCAUUUGUCUGCUUUUUGCUUAAAACUUACAACAUCUGACAAAGUUUAGGUCUAUGCUGUGCUGUAGAUGGACAUAUAGUAGUUUGGGCUGGACUGGAUGUGGGGGUUGUCAAUGCAGAACCCAACCCCAGGGCUGAGCACACCUGUAGGGUAGUACUAAAGGCAUUGUCUCGCAGACAGUUGUCCAAGAUCCUGAAGCCAUAAAGCUAAACCACUAUUAUUGAUCACCAACAACACAUGUGCUGAUAAACAAAGCCAUUCAUUUCAGCAGUGAUACUGCCCCUUUAUUCAGUCCAGUCCCAGCCUGGUAUAGACCCACUCUUCGAUCAGCUGGCUCCUGUUGUACCCCACACAAUCAGCAGCUGCAGUAACUGUUUUGUACUUUACAGACUGCCUUUGGCACCUUUUGGUCCAACUUAACGUCAUGUUCCACCAAGAGGAUGGCAAUUGAUGGAACAGGAGACAUUUUGUAUUUCGGAUGAGCUCUGGGUGCUGUGGGAAUCAACAGCCAUUUGUGCAAGCAUAGGAACCUUUUGAUAAACAUGUAAGCACCAUGAGAGAGAAGACAAUGUGAGCUGGCAAUGGUCACUCAUGAUUCCAACAUAUGUUCCUUGACGAACUUCCCAUCUGGAACAGAAUGGGAUUCAUUUUUGUAUUAUGUGCUGUACAUUAUUUUUGGCUACUCUUUUUGUGAGAUUCUUACGCUUCAUGUGGGAUGACUUUUCAGCUCAGAAUGCAUGGAGAUGUGGACGUGCCAUCUUGCGCAUUGCCAUUGAAAGCUUGUGGCUUCUGCUUUGUGGGGGACCUUGUUUUGACUGACCUUCUGAUGUUUACAAGGAUGUGGAGAGCUGUUUUUCCCGUUCAGUGUGACACUCGCAGCUCCCGUGGACUCUUGGAAGCUGCGGGAGAAGUUCUCAUUUCCGUACAUUUCCGGCUAAUAUCGUCGUUGUUUACACUAGCGCUCUGUACAACCCAGCAUUUCGUGUUCUGCGACUUUUGACUACUGAAAGAAAAUAACAUUCUUUGUCUUGAUUUUUUUCUCUUUUAUAGUUGCAGCCCACUGUUUUAAGUGAGCCUCGAGUUGCUGUACUUUCGAAGGCCUUGACAAUUAGCCUCUCGAGAAACAAGCAAAGACAAGCAAACUCGCGUCCUAUCUCAAUUUCGGAGCGAAUUAAGAUUAGCUGGAUGGUUAUGAGUGUCUGGGGUGGCAUAAUGGACCAUCCGUCAACGCAGGCGCCGCAUAAAACUGUCCUCGAACAAGCGCGGGACAUCCAAAGGGCAUUCGGCCGACACAAACAACAGACGACUCCAAAGUGACGCGGAUCCCCGAUUGUGAAUCAAGCACAAAAGUGGUACAUUGCUUAGCUACUCACGUUCUCCAAAUGACUCUGACUGAAUAGCAUGGGUUGAUGUACUGUCAUUACUAAGCACUUACGAGAUGUAUUAGGCUCACUUCUACUGUGUAAUAAAUGAUCGUCACUGUCACCCUCCAUCGGGGCUGUUGCGUCGUGGACAUUCAUGCAUUAC